CUCAGAAACAGCUGCGUGUACGGAUGAUGUCUAAACCAUUUGGGAUUGACGUUCCAUCCUGUUAAGCUUUGGCUUGACAGAAACGAUAAUGGAUUAAACUAUUGACCGUUGAAGCAUAUUUAGCAAUAGACUGUCGUUAAGAAAGGUAGUAAACCGUGACUAAGAAUUUGAUGGUGUAAAGGGGUAUAUAAAAAGUGAGGGAAAGAAAAUUGUAUAUGUACUGAUUUACAAGUGUGCAUUUGUGUUGUCAUCGUGUAAUACAACCGUAACGAAAAGGAUAGCGGGGAAAACUAAAGAAAGAGACAGAAUAAAACAUUGGAUGAACGAGAAGAAGGGGCUAAAAAAGAUGGCCGUCUGGAAACAUAUGACAACGAACGGCGGGCAACCGCCACGGUCAAAAGGAUCUUUCUUGGAGCGUGUUUUACGACAUCGUUGAUCGUAGUCGUUGCGUGGAGGUGUGUUUAUUUUUUGAACAGAGGGAUCGUGGCUACAAAAGUCAGUGAUCCUGUGAGCAAAGGAGCCAUGACUACGCGUAGAGAAUGGGCUCGAUCGCAUCGGUGCUGCAGUGGCAUUGCUCGGAGUGCGCUCUGAUAAAUCCAACGGAGAGCACGCGAUGCGCCAGGUGCGGCCUUACUCGACUUAAGAGUGAUGAGAAGGCAAACCUCAGGCUCAAUCUGAGCUUCGAGUGUGGAAAAGUUCCGGGUGAGAAAGGGGAGGAAAAGAAAAAGGACAAAGAGGAAGGUGAUUCUUUUUCACUGUGUAUCUCGCCAACACCUCCGCUGCGAUUUCGUCUAGACAAGCCACCGACGGACGGUACACAUUCGACUCAUGAACACGUCGAGACCGAUCUCAUAUAUCGUUUCGAGGAGAAUUUAAUUAUACCUGAUAAUCGUAUAAAGAAAUUACACUGUGAUUCUUGGAAUGGAAGGCCAUGUAAAAAAGAAACAAUUAAACGAUCUUCUUCUUUACCUACCUUGGUAACACAAUGGACUUGCGUACGUUGUUUAUUGAACAACAGUUGCAGUUCUGCUUUAACUUGUGCGGCUUGUGAUGCUAACUCUUCAAUAUUUGAAACUGAUAAAAGGCAAAUUGGAGCGCGUAAAAGUAAGAAACUAAAUUUACGUAAAACAAGUUGGCUUAAAGUUGCGUCAGUUUUGGCGAAUAUUUUAAAUGGUUCUAAUACAACAAGUACUUUUACAAAUGAUACAAGGAUUAUGAGUAAGGAUAUGGCACAGUUAACAAGUAUAAGUCAUAGCGAAACAAGACAAGUCGAUAGAGAAAACUGGACGUUAUCACCGAUAGACACUAUGGAAUCUAGUACAUUUUCUUACACAAAUACUAACGAUACCUCUCAGCAUUUACCAAAAAGACAUAGACCUUCAAUAUACGAGCGAGUGAAAUCUAAAGUUAGUCGCUCUUUAUCUAAUGGAUCUGUUGUACAUAAGUUAUCCGAACAUACUAUACAAAGACCAACGAGUCUGGUGGUCUCGGAAGCACAAGACGAUGCUCUGUGGAGCUGCGAUAAUUGUACUCUCGACAAUUCUUCUGGCCUAGAACAAUGCGAGGCAUGCAAAGCUCCUAGAAGUCCAGCUCCUUGUAGCGGUGUAGUUAUCAGUGUACCUGCUUGGGAACCUCGUGCUUUGUCUUCAACAGGUCCGCUGUCUUACAGGCGAUCUUUUUCCGACGUUGAGUCCGUUGCAAAUGUGUCUCGAAAAAAAAUUGUUAAUCGUAGGAGUCUUAACGAGGACGAGCCACCUGCGGUACCACCACAUUCUGUUAGUUUUAACGCAAGACCAAAAUACUCCUACAUUGGAAUUACUAACCCUGAUGUACCACCACCGUUGCCAAAAAAGCAGAACAAUAAAUUAGGUCUUGUACCCAUAAAAGCCCAUAGCGAGGCAACGAGUCCUGUCGGAGAUGUAUCGAAUGUAAACUCUCUGAAACGUAUGUGGACUUGUCAGAAGUGUUCGUAUGCGUAUAAUCCGGUAUGGGCGACAGGUUGCGACAUAUGCGGAUCUUUUCGAUCUUCUCCUUCGCUAACUCAGCCUAAUUUAAUAACUAUUACUAAGGAUGCAACCAGUUGUUCUAUGCAUACACAGUCUCCGAUUGUAGUAUCCAGAGAUAGCGUUAGAUAUAUCCCGCAAAAAACUGCUACAUUGGCCACAGCCGAAUCUGAUUUAGACGAUCAGGUAGAUCCACCCUCUCUGGUUUGGACUUGUAAAAAAUGCACAUUAUUGAAUGCUGCUUCACGAGCAACCUGUGAAGCAUGCGGUGGUUCAAAGCUGAAAAGUAUUAUGCAUUUAGAAGAUGCUACCUUACGGAAAGGAGAAAGUUGGGUGUGUUCGUCGUGUACGUUAAGAAAUCCGCUGUCGGCACAAACUUGUAAUGCUUGUAAGACGUUAGCAGAUUUUCUAGAUGUACCAAAAGAUAGCAGAGUUUUUGGAUCAAGAAGUCCGAGUCCAAGGCUCUGCGCAACUGCUUUAAACGCAAAAGUUGUAACUCCGAGACAUAGAAAUUCUGUAAGAAGAAAUGGUUCUUCGGUUGGUGAUAGAAAACAUUCAAGAAUUAAAGAUUCUACUCACGGUCAAUGGCAGUGUAAAUUGUGCACAUACGAAAAUAAGAGUACAAACGGAAUUUGUGAAAUGUGCCAAAUCUCAAAAACUUUAUCUCAAGUAUCGGGCGAGAGGCCUAGAAUUAUUGAAUCCGAUACGAGUACACUCACAAUACAGAGGCAGGAAAGCGUAGUUAUGGAAAAUUUAAGACAAAUCGAGGAAAGAGAAGCAUUGGAGAAAUGGGAACGAAUUGUUCGUUAUUGCAAAGAGACAAACGAACCUUUUGUCGACGACUCAUUUCCACCAGCUCCAAAGUCUCUGUAUUAUAAUCCAGCAGAAACAAAAGACAACCAUGUUGUUCAAUGGAAAAGGCCUCAUCAAAUCAAUGUUGAUUCUAAACUGCCUUGGGCUGUUUUUAGAACACCCUUGCCCUCUGAUAUCUCACAGGGUGUAUUAGGAAACUGUUGGUUACUUUCGGCUUUAGCUGUUUUAGCUGAAAGCGAUGAACUUGUGAAAAGAGUUUUAGUAAUGAGAGAAACUUGUCCAGAAGGAGCUUACCAAGUAAGAUUGUGCAAAGAUGGAAAAUGGACCACAGUACUUGUUGAUGAUUUGCUACCAUGUGAUAAAAGAGGUCAUCUAGUAUAUUCUCAGGCAAAAAGAAAGCAACUUUGGGUGCCGUUAAUUGAAAAAGCAGUAGCAAAAAUUCAUGGUUGCUACGAAGCUUUAGUUUCUGGACGUGCUAUAGAGGGUUUGGCAACGCUCACAGGCGCUCCUUGCGAGGGUGUGCCUUUGCAACCGUCUGCUUUACCAAGCGAAGACGAACUUGAUAAGGAUUUAAUAUGGGCACAACUGUUAUCUUCUAGGCAAGCUAUGUUUUUAAUGGGUGCUAGUUGUGGUGGUGGUAAUAUGAAGGUCGAUGAAGAAGAGUAUCAACGUAAAGGUUUGAGACCAAGGCAUGCAUACUCGGUUCUCGAUGUGCGAGAUGUACAGGAAAUACGAUUGUUGAGACUGCGUAAUCCGUGGGGUCAUUAUAGUUGGAAGGGUGAUUGGUCCGAUGACAGCCCUAUAUGGACCCCACAAUUACGAGAAAUGCUUAUGCCGCAUGGUGCAUCCGACGGUGUUUUUUGGAUUUCCUUCGACGAUGUAUUGAAAUAUUUCGAUUGCAUCGAUAUUUGUAAAACUAGAGUUGGAUGGAGCGAAGUUAGAUUACGUGGAACGCUUCCUCCUCUGUCUUCUCUUCGACAUUUAUCGUGUGUACUUUUAACAGUUCUGGAACCCACUGAAACGGAAUUUACAUUAUUCCAAGAAGGGCAAAGGAAUUCUGAAAAAUCACAACGGUCUCAGUUGGACUUGUGUAUAGUUGUUUUUCGUACACGUUCUCCAGCAGCACCAGAAGUGGGAAGACUAGUAGAACACAGUAAACGACAAGUACGUGGAUUUGUUGGAUGUCACAAAAUGCUAGAAAGAGAUUUAUAUAUUGUUGUAUGUUUGGCUUUUAAUCAUUGGCAUACAGGAAUGGAAGAUACUUCCAGUUAUCCUGAAUAUGUUCUUGCCAUUCAUAGCUCAAAGAGACUUUUAGUUGAACAAAUUUCUCCACCAGCAUUUGUAUUGGCUGAUGCUAUUAUAAGUUUAACUCUAGCAAAAGGACAGCGGCACGAAGGAAGGGAAGGAAUGACUGCUUAUUACUUAACUAAAGGUUGGGCUGGACUUGUUGUCAUGGUAGAAAAUCGUCAUGUAAAUAAGUGGAUUCAUGUAAAAUGUGACUGCCAUGAAAGUUAUAAUGUUGUAUCCACUAGAGGACAGCUCAGAACUGCCGAUAGUGUUCCCCCGCUUCACAGACAAGUAAUCAUAGUAUUAACGCAAUUGGAAGGUAGUGGAGGUUUCUCGAUAGCACAUCGACUUACGCACAGACUAGCUAACAGUGGAAACUUACAUGAUUGGGGUCCACCAGAUACUCAACAUUGUCCUCAAAUUGACACGCAAGUUGAAGGUUUACACAGUCCCCGUUUAAUCACAUGAACAAAUAAGUUUUAUGUUUGAUUUGAAAAUAAAUAGGACAAUGUGUAAAAGUAAUGUUUGACAAGUAAGAGAGUUUAUUGUAUACUCGUGAUAUCCAGAAAUGUACUAAAACCAAAGCAAGCUAGAAAGAUUUCAAUACGGCAUAGUAAACCAUGCUGUAAUCAUAACAUACUUUGCGCUUUCUAACUUCAUAUUGUACGAAAAUUUUUAGCAUCAUGACGAGUUGACUAUUGAACAUAAUACAAUAAUUAACAAUUAUCAUACUGAUGUAUGAUUCUGAAAUCAGUGGUUAGAGAUAUUUGUUUUUUAAUUAGGUAAUGAUUCGUUAUAUCGAUGGAAAAGGGAUACAUACAUACUUUAAAAUUUCUGUGCAAAUUGAGAAUUUCCACGGGAACCAUUGAUCUAUAAACAAGACUUAAGAAAAAUUAAAUAUUUAUGGAAGAACAAAUUAAACACACUGCUUGUUAUAUAAAAAAAAAAUUAUUUUCUCAACUUAACAUAUAUGUAAGCACCGUAAGAGAUAAUAAAGCGUAAAGGUUAUACAGUAAUAUGUAAAAUGGAAUAAGUAACAGCCAAUCAUAAUGUAUGAAAAAAAUAUAUACACUCUUUUUGGAAUUGCUUAGAAUAUGAUAUAAUUAUGGAUCAAAAUGUUUUCAAUUUUGCGACUCAUAUGUCGAUCCUAUUUUAGAAUACCUAAGGCCACUUUUGGAAUCCGCAUUUAAAAGAAAUAUGUAAUAUGUACACUCUGUGAAAGGGAAUAUUAUUGGUCGUUUAAAUGAGGGUUUUGAAUGCUGACUACAUUAUACGAUGUUUAUUCAUCUAAACUUUCGUUAUUUCUAUCUUGUAACUGGAUGGAGUGCUUGUGCUAAACUGGACGUAGCGCAUAGUUACAGAACCAAAGAUCUCUCUUGAAGGUUUUACAAUACAUUAACUCGUUCAUUGCCAUUCUAUGCAAUAUAUUCAUUUAAUUCGAUUAUUGUUAUACAUUUUUGUAGCAAACUAUUGUCGAAAUUAUAAUCUCUGAUUGUUACAUGUAGUUUAUAUUCAGUUAACGUAUAAUACAUAUCUUAUUCUUCAUAUAGGUGCAAGCGUGGCAGUUAACGGGUUAAUCAGUUUUAUAAGUCUCUUGUACAUUUUGUAACCAUGACAUCGGAACAGCCAUCUAUGCGACGGCCAUUUACGAAUAGAGCUCAGUUUCGGUUUUAUACGCUUAACAAAAUUGACAUAAUUUUAAUUUUUAAAGAUGAAGUUUGAUAUUACAUCCCCCCAUACACAAUAAAGUUAUUCGACACAGACGAUGAACACAUUAUACGUAUAAUUCUUUCCUAUUGUAAAAUUAUUUAAAAAAUUGUUACUAUAAUUAUUAUUACAUUGGUUUUUUACUUUAAUAUUAAGAAUUUAUGUAAAGAACCAAAACGAAUUAAGUAUCUUUACCGUUAUUAUUAAACGCUGUUCCAAAUAAACACUUUUAAAUAUACUUAUUACAUAUAUCGAAUGCAACAUAUAUCAGCUUACAUAAGAUUUUUUACAUGUACUAGACAGAGCGUUAAUAAAAAUCGGAGAGAUUUUUUUUUAAUAUUAAUUUAACCCUCGAAGUAGUAAGAAAACAUUGUAUAAACUUGUAU